CAGGGGGUCACAUGACUCGUGUGCUUUUGCACCCCUCGGCGUUUGGGGGUUAAAAUGGUCAUUGACAUGGUGGGUUUAUAAGCCCCCGGCCGAAGACACAGUUUUGGAAUAAAAUAGCAUUAAAUCGGCGAGGAUGGAGCUCCCGGUGCUGGAGAAGUUCUGCUUCAUCUUCGACCUGCGGACAGGAUGCAUGGUCAUGGGGAUUGUGCACUCGAUAAUCACGCUGGUAUUGGCGCUGGUGGUGAUCACGUUCGCGUCGGAGCUGAAGGCGGCGGAGCGGGAGGGGGAGGGUGUGUCGGUGGUGUACACCAUCGCCGUCAUGGUGGUUGUGCUCCUGUGCCUCAAGUUCCUGCUGAACCUCGUCUUCGUGUACGCCGUGCACAAGGACAAGACAGCUAUAAUGAAGAAGUACUGCAUCUUCUGGGUGAUCCUGCUGGUGCUGUUCGUGAUCGGCUUCCUCAAGACCAUGUCCCACAUGAGCGCCGGACACGUCAUAGCGCAGAUCGUGUUCAUUGCCGAGAACGUGUACAAUAUAAUAAUAAUUAGGAGUUACUUGAUGUCGAUCAACGAAGACGGAGUCCUGUAGGUAACUAUUACAUCUACUCCGUUUUAACUCAUUUUGAUAAAUAUGUAAACAAUAAUAAUAUGCAUGACCGGCUUUUGUGCUACCAAAUUGAAUAUCGCCUAUUAUCGGUGCCAUGAAGAAAUUCACUGGUAGGUGCUGUGGAAGAAAUUGAUUCCUAGGCAGUUGACGGACCUACGUCAUUUGGUCGGGUUAUGUCAAUUUCAUAUUAGACGUGAUCUGACGGCUAUAUUUGACGUAAUGCGACCAAAUUACGUAGGUCCGCUAUUUGCCUAGGAACCAACUUCUCUGAAUAUACUUACCUACCUAACGUUACACGCAGUAUUAAAUGUCUAUUUACUCUAGCAUCUAGCAGUUAGCACUAGCGAUGGGACCUAUAUCGUAGUCCUAUAGCUUGUAUUAAUCAACUGAAUCGACAAUAAAACGUCCUUUGCUUUAAUUAGUUAUAGUUUUGUGAGAAUAUUGUGUGACUCAAAUAAAGUGCAGAUGAUAGACAAAGUUUGUGGUGAUGUCACCAACGCACAGAAUAGUUUAGGUGGAUUUGACAUUAACUGCAGCACUCAGAGACGUUUAAUGAUGAUUAAUCUUCAAUUUAAUGAAGA